AUGUUGGCCGGAGACCGCGGCCAGGACCGGGACUUGAACCAGCUCCGCGCCGCCCCAAAGUCGCCAGGCAGCUCGGCCAAGGUCGUGCCCGUGGCGCCCAAGCGCGGCCUCUAUGACGACAUGGACGUCGACGAGGACGCAGACGGCUUUGUCGCGUCCACGCCAGUGCAAGGCUUCAACAUGGCACCGCCAUCCGACUGGGCGUCGCUGGACGCGGAGCUCGCGUCCGUGCUCGCCGACCCGACAACGACCAAGCAGCGACCGUCGGCCACCAAGGCCAGGAACGACGACGACGACGACGAAGAUGCUGUCGACGGCUUUGUCAACGACAACCCCGACUAUGUACGCCAGCGGCUCGAGAAGAAGGUGCAGCUUUACGCCGCCCACAUUGAGGCCAUGAAGAGUCGCAUGGAGAAGUGGCAAGAGCACAAGAAAGCAUUUGUGGCCCAUAUACACAAGCUGGAAGAGCGCUUGAAGGAGCAGACCGAGGCAUUUGCCACGGCCGAGGCGGCCUGGGAAGACGAAGCGAUGAGCCUCGCGAAAGCCCGCCGCACCAACAAGCCAAAUUAUGCACUUGGUGGCAGCGCAAUGCAAGGCCAGCAUCAACUGGAUCGAGAGCGUUCGAAAGAAGCGGUGCGGCAGCUGCUGCAUGGCGCCGCCGACGUGGCCGCGGACGACGACGACGACGACGAUCUCGUCAACGCCACGGGGCGAUCGUGGCACCAGCGUCUACUUGCAAUCGCCCGGCGGCUUGUGCCACUCAGCCACGACAUCAAGCAGAUCGAAGCGCGCUACGGCCACUCGGUGGCAGCGUACUUUAUGUUUUGCCGCUGGGUCCUCCUCAACUACUUGAUUUUGUCGUUGCCGUCGCUGUACUUUCUCAUAUUGCACAUUUCCGAGCUUCUCGAGACGCACUAUACGUCGUGGAGUACGUUUACAGGGUUGAUGCCCAACUGCCUCUUGUUUCCAAGCUACACAACCAACGAAGCCUUCGCUUACAGCAUCUACCUUGGCGGCACCAGCAGCCUCUUCCUCCUCAUAUCCACGUACAAGUGGCUCCAAGAAGACCGCUACGCCAAGCUGCGCCACGCAGCCGAGGCCGGACGGCCCUCGACGUUUGGGAAGCUGCUCUUGAAUGCAUGGGACUUUGAAGCGACGACCAAAGACGACGUCUCGGACCUGCGCAAGAGCCUCUGGGACAGCUUGCAUGUCGCCUUGUACGACGAUAUCAAGCAAGCGGAAAUCCAAAAUCGCACCAAACGAGAGCGCUACGCGCUGUACGCGCGACGGGCCGUCGCCUUUUUCAUCUACGUUGCGGUGCAAGGCAUCUCUUGGGGACUCAUCGGUCUCCUCACGGUCGAGGCGUCGUCGUUUGCGCAGAUCAUCAAGGCCCAAGUGCCCGCGCUUCAAGCGUACGCAGCGAGUAUCGUGCCGAUUGGGGUCAGCGUCAUCAACGGCGUGCUCCCCAAGGUCCUUGGUGUCCUCACCAACUUUGAGCGCUGGGACGACAACGGGUUUCGCAUCAAAGCCAUGGUCACGCGCCUCUUCUUGGCCCAACUGCUCAACAUUCUACUGCAGCUCUGGUCGUACGCGAUGCUACUCGACCCGUUCUUGAGCUCAAGCUCGGAACAGCCCAUCUCGUGGCUUCCGUUUGCCUACGAGAUCCGCAGCAACGUCAUGCAAAAGUUCAAGCCAGAUGCGUACGCGUGCCGGGCCGAGCAGGUCGCGUCCGGCCUCGUCGUGCUCGUUGUGACCAACUUUGUGACGCCCAAGGUUACAGCGUUGACGCUCUCGGGCAUCUUUGGCCUCUUGCGGCUCGUCAAGCGGCUGCGCGCCAAGCGAAAGGGCCUCGAGUUGCCACCCACCGACACGCGCAGUGAAUUUCUGAUCGCGCCGACCAUGGUCGCGCUCAUGUCGUCGUGUACGUUGUACGCAUUUGCAAUCCCGCUCUGUCCGUCGGCGGGUCUCGUUACCGUGGUCUUGCUCACGCUCAGCUUCAAAUUUGACAAGCUGUACCUUCAGGCGUUUAUGAAGAAACCGAAUGCGCCGUGGAGUGCCAAGAACGCGGGCGUCUUCUUCAUCAAGCUCUACUGGUGCACGGUCGCCGUCUAUGUCACCGGCAUGUACUGGUUCCUCACCAAUGUCCACUUGCCCAAACACUGCGAUCUCCAAGUGCGCGAUGCUCCGUUUCUCUGCAGCUCGUAUGCAUCACCGAGCCAAACGUGCGUCUUGAACACGACCAGCCCGAUGAGUUUCUUCUUUCAAACGAGUCCCACCAACGAGUGCAGUGCAGGGUAUCCGGGCUGCGUGUGUGCGACGGCCUGUGGACCGUUUGUCAACAGCACGACCGGCUACAGCCCCGUCCUCAAUUUGGUUCUCACGACAGACGGUGUCGGCUUCUUUGCCGACCUCGCCACGACGGGCGUGACGCUCUUGUGGGCAAUCAUUGUGCUCCUACUCAUGCAAGUCGGACUCAAAGCCAACUCGAUCGAAGCGACGCUCCUUGCUGGACAUGUACAAGACCAAGAAGCCAAAGCCAUGAUCGCCGCCCUUCUCAAGAAGGUCGCAGCCCAAGACAAGAAACUCAAGCUUCAAAAACUCUGA